UCUUUUCUCAUUCUUUUUCUCGAGAACCCUUGUACCUGGAGUUCAGUCUCCUCCCUCGGCGCUCCUCCCUCCCCCCCUCUGCAACCCUAGCCUCUUUAUCCCUCGCCUCAUCUCCGUUUAAAGACCGAAUCCAUAUAUAAUAGAAGUAAAUUCAUCGCAAGAUCGAUCUCUACCUGGAGAUAAGGAGGGCUCUCGCCAUAAAUCCCCGGUAUAAGGCGGGCCACCUAAAUCUGCUACCGGAGCUGGUUCGGUAGAAAUCUAGUUCGAUGGACAAACGUUCGAGCUCACCAGCUGAAUCAGUUCUGUCUUGUGCUCGCUGUGGAAAACCUGCUUACCUUCAAGCCCCCUGCCUAUCCUGCUCGCCCUCCAACUAAAACAGCAGAUGUCCAAAAUGCAUGGAGUUAAAGCUCCCUCGAGAAGGUGCUGCUUUCUGCACGCAGGAUUGCUUCAAGGCAGCCUGGAGUUCUCAUAAGUCAGUGCACCUGAAGUCGAAGUUAGCAACUGGUAUAGCAAGUACACCAUCUGAACAAUCUCAAGAGGGUUGGCUAUAUUGCUUAAAGAAAGGCCAGACUCGAACAUCUGUGCUUCCCCAUUUUGAUUGGACAGGACCAUUAAGGCCAUAUCCAAUAUCAAAGCAUUGUUUGGUGCCAGAGGGGAUCGAAAAACCUGAUUGGGCCCUUGAUGGUAUCCCCAAAAUUGAGCCCAAUAGUGACUUGCAGAAUAUUGUGGAGAUCAAGACGCCGGAGCAGAUAGAGAGGAUGAGAGAAACAUGUCGAAUUGCAAGGGAGGUUUUGGAUGCAGCUGCUCGUAUCAUCCGACCUGGAAUUACAACAGAUGAAAUUGAUAAAGUGGUUCACGAGGCAACAAUAGCUGCUGGAGGAUACCCAUCUCCAUUAAAUUACCAUUUCUUUCCAAAAUCUUGCUGCACGUCUGUUAAUGAAGUCAUCUGCCAUGGAAUUCCAGAUGCCAGGAGACUUGAAGACGGUGACAUUGUCAAUGUUGAUGUGACUGUAUAUUAUAAAGGCGUCCAUGGUGAUCUUAAUGAAACAUAUUUUGUCGGGAAUGUGGAUGAAGCUUCUCAACAGCUUGUCCGUUGUACAUAUGAGUGCUUAGAGAAAGCUAUUUCAAUAGUUAAACCUGGGGUUCGAUUUCGUGAGGUUGGGGAAGUCAUUAAUCGGCAUACAUCGAUGUCAGGGUUCUCUGUGGUGAAAUCAUAUUGCGGACAUGGUAUUGGAGAGCUGUUCCACUGUGCCCCAAAUAUUCCGCAUUAUGGAAGAAAUAAAGCUGUUGGUGUCAUGAAAGCUGGGCAGACAUUUACUAUUGAGCCAAUGAUAAAUGCAGGAGUUUGGCGUGACCGAUUAUGGCCAGAUGGAUGGACUGCAGUUACUGCAGAUGGUAAACGAAGUGCUCAGUUCGAGCACACUCUUUUGGUUACAGAGACGGGGGUUGAGGUUCUAACAGCACGAUUGCCUUCAUCUCCAAAUGUCUUUCCUUGGUUGAACCCUUAAUCACGCAUGCAGUAACCAGCUGCUUUUCAACUACAAAGCCAUCAGCGGACGCAGCGGUGACAUCUAAUUCUGUCAGAAUUUGUUUUGAUCCUGUUCACAUUUGUAACAGAUCAGCGAUCAGCUUUUCCAGCCAUUUGUUUUGUUGUACCAUAUGAUUGAGCCCAGAUUGCUGCUUUUUUUGAUAGGGAAUCAUCUGUCAUUUCCAUCAGGCCUUGUAUGCCGGCAAUUUUUAUUGCAUCAGUAUACAUCCAUAUUAAAGUUUUUUAAUGGUGAAAAACUGGGGUAUUCAUUGGUCGUUAA